AUGGCAAAACGCCCGCCAUCUUCAAACGGCGCCGAGCCGAGUGAUACAGUAACGAAGCGAAGCAAGAUUGAUGACACUGCAAAUUCCUCACCUUUGAGCUUCAACGUCCCGUCGUCCAUGGAAUGUGCGACACCAUGGCGUUCGGCUGAGAUAUCCCAGCUGCUGCCACCGUUACCAAAGGUCAAGGACAAGAAACUCGAGGAGCUAGCUUUCACGCAUCCAGGUUUCGUUCCUGGAAGCAGUCCCGAUAAGCAAUAUGAGAAGCUGGAGUGGGUAGGCGACGCGUACUUGGAACUUUUUGCGACGCUUCUCAUCCACAAUACGUUUCCCAAGAUGCCAUCUGGCCGUUGCUCACAGAUGCGAGAGAGGCUUAUACGAAACACCACUUUGGCAGCGUAUUUCCGAGAGUACGGCCUUGAAUCGAAGGCCAGACUACCGAGAGAUAUCAUGGACCAAAAGAAGCCAGCCAGAGGCAGCUCUAGUGACAAAGACAUGCUGAAAAUACAAGGCGACAUGUUCGAAUCCUAUGUCGCAGCACUCAUUCUCUCAGACCCCGCAAAUGGCAUUGCAACGACGAUGGGUUGGCUCAAGGCACUUUGGGGUCGAGCCAUUAUCGACGACGUGCGAAAGGCAGAAGUGGCUGAGGCAGAUGCAGUCACGACGGAAAAUGCGGAGCGUCAAAGGAAUCCCAAAGAGGAGCUGAGCUGCAAGAUUGUCGUCAAGGGAAUCACAUUACGAUACGAGAAAGCAGAAACGAAGAAGAAAACGGACCGUCAUCUGGGCCAAGAGUUAUUUACUGUUAAUGUUUACUUGGAUGGUUGGGGGGAGAAGGGCAAGCUCUUAGGCUGGGGGUCUGGCUUGAAUGUCAAGGAGGCUGGCCAAAAGGCCGCGAUGCGAGCCCUCGAGAACAGGAAGCUGAUCAAGGUGUACGAAGGCAAGAAGAAGGCUUUCAUGGAAGCCAAGGGCGGCGCGGUAUAG